UUCGACGGCGAUAUGGUCGGGGAUAUCGAUCUUCGAGACAAUAGCUUUGAAUUUUUCCAUGAAGUCGCGGAGACUUUGGUCGCUGGCGUGAGUGAGGUUCCACAAAUCUGACACUGUUGCUUCCUGGUUGGUGAACAUGAUAUAGUUCUUAAGGAAGGCCGUUGAGAGGUCGUGGAAACAGUCCACGGAGUUCUCUCUGAGGCCGGUGAACCAAGUAAGGGCCGGGCCUUCUAGGGUUUCGACGAAGAGUUGGCAAAAGCCGGCGUCUUUGUCUUCGUCGGUCAGGUUUGCGCGUCGCAUCGCUAUGUUGAAAGAUGUGACGUGGGUGGAAGGGUCGGAGAGGCCUUUGAAGGUUGGAAGACGGAGUUUGUCCAUCUUCUGUAGCCGUACGCCGGUAACUUUUCGCGUGAAGGGUGUACGAAGAGAAUCCGCGAGUACAUGCUCGAUCUGGGGGGCGGACGUCGUCACCUGGUGGAUCUUAGAAUUGAUAUCGAGGACCGAUUGUUUUAACGCGGCUAGUUCGCUUGCGGUGUGCGCACCGGUGUCGUUACCGUGACUUUGGUUAUCGUUAUCCUGCGUAGGCGCCAAGUCGGUGGUUCGUUCUGUGGCGAACAGGUGUCGACGAUACUGCGCUGUUGACGCUUCGGCGUUUGCGGCGAGGGGAGCGAGGAUCUUUGCUAUCGCCGUGAUUUGGUCAACUGCCGCCUUCUGUGCCGCUUCUUGUAGGGCUAGGCGCGCCAGGAUAGUUUCCAUGGUUGCGGGAUGGGGAAGUGGAGUUGCUGGUGUAGGCGUAGGCGUUGCCUCGAGAGCUUCGCGCUCCUCGCUUGAACUAUCAUUGCUAACGACCAUCGUUCUGACGUUACUUUGCUAGAUGCCCCACGGUGGGCGCCAACUGUUUGAUCGUGAAACGGUAAUAAAUAAGAUGUGGGCUUAAACAAAGACGUCUUAUUGAUGGUCGGAGAGAAAACGUUCGAUCGGUUACAAGGAAAUAAGAGGAGAGUGCGACAGAAAGGAAACCGGUGGCUCGACAAGCUACCGGAGAAGUAUAAUUAACGGCGAGACGAAGUAAAGGUGAAAAACCCUAAUCUAGCCGUCAAGUCUUGGUCAGUUCCUUUUCCCCCUCUUCUCGUUGCCUCUUCUUUCCCUUAUAUAGACGUCCCGAUGCUUCGCUCUUGACCUAAUUUUACGCCAUCUUGGUGGGCCUCCUUUGCUGGGCCGAGAGGCCCGUAGGUGUUCGAGCAACCGCUGAGCCGAACGCUCUUCAGUCGACGAUGGCCAGCUAGAAGUACUCAAGAGUCAAGCCGAGAGACCUGACUCUCGAGCCGACAGAUCGAGCCGUCGCUCUUUCUAACUCGGGCCAGGCCUUCCUAUUCCUCGGGCCCUGUGGGAUGGUCGAAUCCAUCCUCUACAUUUUGCAUGAUUUAACAGCUCCAGGACCCCCAUCAGCCAGUCCCGGUGUAGCUAAAAGUGAGACAAGAUCAUCCAAUCCAUCAAUCAUAUCAAAGGACCGCAGGAUCACGUACUCCGAGGUACUUAAGAUGACUAAUAACUUCGAGAGGGUUCUUGGCAAAGGAGGGUUUGGAACAGUGUACCAUGGAAACUUGGAUGAUGCUCAAGUAGCAGUGAAAAUGCUCUCUCAUUCAUCAGCUCAAGGUUACAAAGAAUUCAAAGCAGAGGUGGAGCUUCUUUUAAGAGUUCACCACAGACAUUUGGUGGGACUUGUUGGGUACUGUGAUGACGGAGAUAACUUGGCUCUCAUCUAUGAAUACAUGGCAAAUGGAGACCUGAGGGAAAACAUGUCCGGUAAACACUUCCACUGCAUGAUUUUGAUUUUGACUGAAACUAUCUCCUUCCACUGUUUAAGACAUUCAAAAAUUGGCACAGGAAAACGCGGAGGCAAUGUCCUAACAUGGGAAAACAGGAUGCAAAUAGCUGUAGAGUCAGCUCAAGGAUUGGAGUAUCUGCACAAUGGAUGUAGGCCUCCUAUGGUCCAUAGAGAUGUGAAAACUACCAACAUCUUGUUGACUGAGCGGUACGGAGCAAAACUAGCUGACUUUGGUCUCUCGAGAUCCUUCCCUAUCGAUGGUGAAUGUCAUGUCUCCACAGUGGUUGCAGGCACACCAGGCUAUCUAGACCCUGAGUACUACAGAACAAAUUGGCUAAGCGAGAAGAGUGAUGUGUACAGCUUUGGGGUAGUGCUACUAGAGAUAGUCACAAACCAGCCUGUGAUAGAUAAAACUCGAGAGAGACCUCAUAUUAAUGAAUGGGUUGGGUUCAUGCUCACCAAAGGAGACAUCAGGAGCAUCAUUGACCCGAAACUGAUGGGAGACUAUGACACAAACGGUGCUUGGAAGAUCGUAGAGCUGGCUAUGGCUUGUGUGAACCCCUCUUCGAACCAGAGACCAAAAAUGGCACACGUUGUGAUGGAGCUAAACGAGUGUGUGGCCUUGGAAAUUGCAAGGAGACAGGGUAGUCAAGAGAUGUACUCAAAUAAUUCGGUUGACUUUAGUCUCUCUGAGUUUGCCCCUGGAGCUAGAUAACUUGAAAAUGUGUUUGAUACGAUUUUGUGGAAACUAUUUGGUUUGUUUUUUGUUUGUUUUUCUUUCCCUUGUGAAACUCCAGCAGUUUAUGUUUUGGCAGAAGCAAUGUACGUUCAAUGUAUUUAAAGAAAUCAAAUUGUUUUUUUGUUU